GGCUCGGCCCGUCUUUCCCGCCGUCGCCGCGGGGGGCCCUCUCGGCCCGAGCGGGGAUCCCCGGGCCGCCGGGAUGCCCCAGCUCCCCGGGGGAGGCGGCGGCGGCGGGGGGGACCCGGAACUCUGCGCCACGGACGAGAUGAUCCCCUUCAAGGACGAGGGCGACCCCCAGAAGGAGAAGAUCUUCGCCGAGAUCAGCCACCCCGAAGAGGAGGGCGACUUAGCUGACAUCAAGUCGUCCCUGGUGAACGAGUCCGAAAUCAUCCCGGCCGGCGACGGACACGAGGUGGCCAGACAAGCGCAAACGGCUCAGGAGUCCUACCACGACAAGGCCAGAGAACACCCUGAUGGCGGGAAGCUUCCAGAUGGAGGCCUCUACAGCAAGGGACCCUCCUACUCCAGUUACUCUGGUUACAUAAUGAUGCCAAAUAUGAAUAACGACCCCUACAUGUCAAAUGGAUCUCUUUCUCCACCCAUCCCGAGAACAUCAAAUAAGGUCCCCGUGGUGCAGCCAUCCCACGCGGUCCAUCCUCUGACCCCCCUCAUCACCUACAGCGACGAGCACUUUUCUCCAGGGUCACACCCGUCACACAUCCCGUCCGAUGUCAACUCCAAACAAGGCAUGUCCAGACAUCCUGCAGCCCCCGACAUCCCGACCUUUUACCCCCUGUCUCCGGGCGGCGUGGGACAGAUCACCCCACCUCUUGGCUGGCAAGGUCAGCCUGUGUACCCCAUCUCGGGUGGAUUCAGGCAGCCCUACCCAUCCUCACUGUCAGUCGACACCUCCGUGCCCAGGUUUUCCCAUCAUAUGAUUCCUGGUCCUCCGGGUCCCCACACAACUGGCAUCCCUCACCCAGCUAUUGUGACGCCUCAGGUCAAGCAGGAACACCCCCACAGUGACAGCGACCUAAUGCACGUGAAGCCCCAGCAUGAACAGAGGAAGGAGCAGGAGCCCAAAAGACCUCACAUCAAGAAGCCUCUGAACGCUUUCAUGUUAUACAUGAAAGAGAUGCGGGCGAACGUCGUGGCUGAGUGUACUCUCAAGGAAAGCGCCGCCAUCAACCAGAUCUUGGGCAGAAGGUGGCAUGCCCUCUCGCGGGAAGAGCAGGCUAAAUACUAUGAACUGGCUCGGAAGGAAAGACAGCUACACAUGCAGCUCUACCCGGGCUGGUCCGCGCGAGACAACUACGGUAAGAAAAAGAAGAGGAAGAGAGAGAAACUGCAGGAAUCUACAUCAGGUACAGGUCCCAGAAUGACAGCUGCCUACAUCUGAAGCAUGGUGGAAAACGAAGCUCAUUCCCGACGUGCAAAGCCAAGGCAGCGACCCCGGGACCGCUCCUGGAGAUGGAGGCUUGUUGAAAGCCCAGCCGCCCCCGAGGGACACUGACCCCAACGCCACCCUGAGGUCCCUGCUAGAGACGCUGAUCCG